UCUCUCUGGCGCAUGCGCAGUGCGUCGCUGGGAGUCGAGCGCAUCGGCAGCUGUGCGGAGUGAAGAAGAGCAGCUCCAGCCCGGUUAUGACAGAUGUGAAGCAUGACGUCCUGCUCAGAGAUCUGUGGCUCGGAUUACACUGAGCAGAGCCAUGGCGCCCUCAGCAGCGGUUACCAGGGUUACGGGGUGCGUUCCUACCUGCAUCAGUUCUACGAGGAGUGCACCGCUUCCAUCUGGGAGCGCGAUGAAGAUUUCCAGACACCGAGAUCGCCGAGCCGCUGGAGCUCUGUGCUCUGGAAGGUCUGUCUCGCGCUAGGCGCUCUGAUUCUGGUGGCGGGGUUAUCCGUGCUGCUGGUGGGCUACGCCACGCCGCCUCGACUCGAAGCCUUCGGAGAAGACGAGCUGCUGUUUGUGGAUGGCCGCGCGGUGCGCUUCAACCGGGCCCUGGACGCCUGUAAGCUGGCCGGGGCCGUGCUGUUCUGCGUGGGUGGCAGCGGGAUGGCGGUGGGGCUGCUGCUGGCCGCCUGCUCUCAGGGCAGCUCCAAGGAAGAGCUCCGUCUGCAGCAGCGCUUCAAAGAGCGGCUCGCCGAGAUCCAGGCCUCCGUUCAGCCCGUCACCCGCGCUCCCACCCCGGGAGAGGCCAAGGUUCCCGUCACGCUCUCCAAAGUGCAGAGUGUCCAGCCCGGAGCGGAAACCUGACCUCUUAAGCAUUCCACGCUUCCGUGCAAAACAAAACAACAGUUCCUUGAACAGUAGAGAUAGAUAACACUGCACAUUCUCUGGCGCAUUUCAUUCAACUAUAUUGAGCAAGAGCACCGAGAGUAUUUACGGCGAUUAGCGUAAGCGUACUGGUGCUCCUGAAAACAGAAACACAGCACAAAUAUACUCGCGUGCUAUGGCUAGGAAUCAGAACACCUUUAGGCAGCUGUUCCGAAGAGCAACAUAUUCUUCAGAGGCGUCAAGGCUUGUGCGUAUUAAUACCGAAUAAGCAAGAAUAGUUUCUCUAUUAUAGUGAACCCAAACACAGCCAAGUCAUUAGGUAAAACUCAUAAACAAGCAGAACGGAGGCCUUUGUCAACUGAAACUGUAAUGAUUUGUCAUCGCUCAUUCAGAAAGCGUCACGUUGGUUCAUUGCCGUCACCCAAGGUGCAAUUUUUCUCAGAAUCUCUCCUAGCGAACGCCUCUCGCUCUAUUGCUACAGUCAAUCAAUAGUUCGUUGACAGAACGCAAUGUAUUCCGAGCCACAAUUUCACACGUCUCAAUACCGCGCCUCCGUUCUGCUCAAAUACAUCACCGCCUGCGAUGUCUAGGAGUGAAAAUAGAUUACGGUUUAAAUGCGCCUGUGGGAUUAUGUAAUAUCCUCUCAUUGUGUUGCACAUCAUUCUUGCUCCAAUUUUUUUUUACUUUGAUUGAUUAGUGCAAAUGUCGCAUGAUCACACCAUUCAGUGAAACAUUGUAAACUACUUUCAAGAAGGUUGAUAAGAAUGAAAAACCCUCACCGUCACUUCUGAGUGUAAUCUUUUGUGUUAUUUAUUGAUUAUAAAUGAUCAUCGAACAUAUUGCAUAUGCAUUCAGAUGUUUGAAAAUGACAAGGCUUGCUAAUGAAUCUCUCGCGCCAAUCACUGGAUAUUUAACAAUCAAAUCUCUCAGACAGGCCUAGAUGAAGUCUAAAAUAUAACAUUUAUAAUAUAUAUAUAUAUAUAUAUAUAUAUAUCAGCUGCUUCAAGACUUGAUUCUUCUUGUCUAAACUGACAUAUAUGGAUGUGUUUUCAGAGGUGUGUCGAUCACAAUGCUGGUAAUCGUCUCAAACUGUCAAAUCCUCUGGUUUGCUUUGUCCGUCUGCUCUUGGGAAGGAGACAGAAGGUAUCGGAGCUGUUCUUACUCUUGGAACGUGUCUAUUUUUCAGCAAACAGAAUAAAAAUAAAUGUUUGUUACCGUCAUUGUCUGUCGGUGGCUGUUUCUUCCA